AUGCCACACAUGAUGCACAUGACUAUGGAAAAUGGUUCCUCUGUGUCUGAGUUUAUUCUUAUGGGACUGACAGACCAGCCUGAGCUCCAGCUGCCCUUAUUUGCUCUGUUCUUGGUGAACUACACAGCCACUGUGAUGGGAAACUUGUGCUUAAUGAAUCUCAUUUGCCUAAACUCAAAUCUUCACACUCCCAUGUACUUUUUCAUCUUCAAUCUGUCCUUCAUUGAUCUCUGUUAUUCAAUGGUCUUUACUCCCAAAAUGCUGAUGAGUUUUGUUUUGGAGAAGAACACCAUCUCCUUCAGAGGAUGCAUGACUCAGCUGUUUUUCUUCUUAUUUUUUGUGAACUCUGAGAGUUAUGUGCUGACAGCGAUGGCCUAUGAUCGUUAUGUGGCCAUCUGUAAGCCACUGCUCUAUAAAGUUGUUAUGUCACCUGGGAUCUGUUGUCUGUUGAUAUUUGGUACUUACUUGAUGGGGUUUGUUAGUGCCUUGUUCCACACAGGUUUUAUGAUAAGGCUCAACUUUUGUGAUUCUAACAUCAUCAACCACUACAUGUGUGACAUCUUCCCUCUCCUUCGGCUCUCUUGCAGUAGCACCUAUGUCAAUGAACUUGUGAGCUCUGCUGUGGUGGGUACAGCUAUCAUUUUAUGCUGCCUCAUUAUCUUAAUCUCUUAUGCUAUGAUCCUUUACAAUAUCAUUCAUAUGUCAUCAGGUAAGGGUUGGUCCAAAGCCUUGGGAACUUGUGGGUCCCACAUCAUAACUGUUAGUCUCUUUUAUGGAUCUGGGCUGCUUGCUUAUGUCAAGCCAUCCUCUGCUGAGACUGUGGGCCAGGGAAAAUUUUUCUCGGUAUUUUACACCUUUUUGGUGCCCAUGUUGAAUCCUCUUAUUUAUAGCCUCAGAAACAAGGAUGUCAAACUUGCUGUGAAAAAAACCUGGAAGAGACUCACAUAUUAAUUUACCCAUUGAUAUCUUCCCUAGCCUCAUCAAAUCCA